AUGUUUAGAAACUCAUUCAGAUCCUUUACUAAAACUGUAACCCCUAACCUUGUUAGAAUUCCAUUUGUAAUUGGUGGUACCGCCGUUGGUGUGUCAUAUGUUUUCUUAAACUCGAGCGCUAAGAAUGAUGAAGAUGAGCACAAAAAGAUCCACAACGGACAUGGCGCUUUAGUUGAUAGUAAACUCGCCGAUAAACUCAAAGAAGUAAAGACUGAAUUCAAACAAGACGAGAAAACGGCUUUGAAGAAAGAUAUCGUGGAGCAGGAAAAGGUUGAUGCUGAAGAUACUGUACAAAGCGACAUAGCUCCAGUACAAGAGGCUCCGGAAGCUGAGGUCACCGAGGAAGUCAAGGAAGAGAAAAAUAACAAGGGUGAAGUUGUUGAUACUGUCAAUGAGACUGAAGCUGUUCCUGUAAAUAGUGCUGGAGUUUCUGUGAAGAAGGAAGAGGAUGGAUCUGAGGUGGUUGAUAUUGAUGCUCAAGAGGUUGCCCAAGUAGAUGGUGCUUCUGCCGGUGCUUCUGCUGGUGGUGAAGAUGAAGCUGAGGCUGGAGCUGAUCAAGGACAGCAAGCAGCAUACAACCCAGAAACUGGAGAAAUCAACUGGGAUUGUCCAUGUCUUGGUGGUAUGGCCAAUGGUCCAUGUGGAGAAGAGUUCAAGGAAGCGUUUGCCUGUUUCGUUUACUCUGAAACUGAACCAAAGGGUAUUGACUGUAUCAAGAAGUUUGAAAACAUGAGAACCUGUUUCAGAAAGUACCCAGAGCACUACAAGGAAGAAUUGUAUGAAGAUGAAGCAACCGAAGGUGAUGCCGCAGCUGAAGGUGAAGCCCCCGUAGCCGAAGCUGAAGCCUCGUAA